GAUGCGGCGACGUCUCGUCGCUUCACCAUGUGCGUAAAUUGCUGCAUGACCAAAAGCGGAAUGACCUUGCUACGCACGUGCGGGAAGUGUGUAUGGACUGGAAUUUCAAAACCGGCGAUAUAGAAGAGUCUCACCCAAGGCGAAUGGGAUGGGGAGUGGACUACAGUUUCAAGGACCGCGAGAAAGUGAGAGGGCGAGACUGUCUUCAUCAGCACUGCAGGCGAGCUCAUCUUUUGCCGAUGACCUCACAUUGCGCCAGAUUCGCACAGAGGCGCGCGCAGCGCAAGGCAUCGAAGAGCCGGAACGUGACGAGACCGAUAUGUGGGUAGAGUGCCCCGCCUCGAUAGCAGCCGAGGAGCGGCAAGGAAUAGGAUCGGACGAAGGAUUCGAUUGGGAGUACAUGGACCAUCGAACAGACUAUCGAUGGGGAAGCGGACCCGACUUUGAUCUCGAGAAUGAUCCAGACGAGGACUGCGCGUGGGCGUGGACGAGAGUGGAGCGCAUGCCUGCGGGCUAUGGUCGAGCAGCACUCGAGGAAGAUCUCUUGCUUGUGCUUCGCGCCCUUCCCAACGUCGAGAAGAUGGAUUGGAACGCAAUGACGUGGCAGCUUCCCGAGGCAUCCGCACUGUGCUUAGGCAGAUCAUCGAGCCUGCGCGUCUUCAAGACGGAUUGGGACGCGAUGGCGUUUGAGCCAUUCGUCUCGGAUACGUGGCACGUCGCGUCGGCGCCAAAUCUGGUGGACUUGUCUUUCAGCAGCUACAAUCCCAAUGCUGUCGUUCUUCACGAGGUCCAAGCUUUAGGUGCUUCCAUGUCAGGAAACCUGCCGCCAAAUCCAGUGUUCCCGGCCGACGUCAAUCUUCUUGAUAAAGGAUGGGACAUCAACGAUCACCGAGAAGAAGCCUGGGAAGCACACUUGCAAGGAAGAGUCAGAAGUCUAUUGACUGCAAUCACAGUUGGAAGGCUGUCGCGACUGGAACUCGACUACGAUCACCUCUUUGCUCUGCGCCUCCUGCUUCCUAUCUGGCUCGCUCUAGACCUGCGCGCUAAGAGCGAGAAGUACACUCAUACCGCGGGAUACACCACUACGAAAGCUUGCUGCAACAAACUGCAAACUCUGCGCAUGCAGCUAUGGCCGUGCCUCGAGAUCUACGACGAAGUCCUCGCCACGACUGGAACAGUGCCGUCUGCGAUCACUUCGCAAGAUGCAGACUCUCCUACCUCUUCUGCUCUAGGAGCUGCGGCCGCCCGAGUUCAACAAAUCUGUGUCGAGACGAAUGAGCCCGACGUACACGUCUUCGAGCUCUGGAUACCUGGCGAUGCCAGUGAUGCGGAGCGGGAGCAAGCAAAGAAGGAAGAGGAGGAGCGUCAGAAGACGGCAUUUCAGCAGGACAACCCGCGUUCGGAGUACACGAGUCGGAUGCCGCCGUUCGAGAAAUGGCUUGCUGAAGAUCUCGAGCUGGCCAGCAAUGCUGUCCGAGGUUUGCUAUACUGGCGAAAGCAUCACGAUCGAUCACCUGGGAUCACCCUGUUCUCGUGAAUGGCGCCGGCUAGAAAGCAGCGCCACCUUUAGUGUUGGCAGCGGUACGGACCCUUCUCUUUAUGGAAAAUGUCCCUGGCCUUGUAGCGCGACGAUGGCCUACCUGAGCCUUGCAACUAUUGAGAACCUUCAUGCAGCGUCUGGCUCCCGCACGAGUCGAACAGAAGCAUCCAGCGAGCAACGAAUGCUCGCAUCGCGCUAAGUCUACAGCACAUGGGCGGCCAGCUUGUCUUACCUUGACGGACCGUUGGGGACGGAUUGCCGCCAAACAUGUGUUCGCA